CGGCACCACGUAGAGCGCCCCCGCCCUCGCAGCCGCGGCCCAGGCCCGAGCAGAGCCCGCCGCUCGCCGCUCGCCUCCCGACCCUGCGCGCUGCCUCCCGACCGGAGGCGGAGGAGGCGGAGGAGGAGGCGCUGCCGCUGCCUUCCCCGCGCCGCGCGCCCGCGCCGUUGUCAGCGCUCCGCUCUGGACCAGUUUGGGGAAGUUGCCGGGGCCCCGUGUCGCCCAGAUGUGCGACCUCAUUGAGCCGCAGCCGGCAGAGAAGAUAGGCAAGAUGAAGAAGUUGCGGAGAACUUUGUCGGAGAGUUUCAGCCGCAUCGCUUUGAAGAAAGACGACACCACCUUUGAUGAGAUAUGUGUCACGAAGAUGUCUACACGGAACUGCCAGGGAAUGGACUCUGUGAUCAAACCCCUGGACACAAUUCCUGAGGAUAAAAAAGUCAGGGUUCAGAGGACACAGAGCACUUUUGACCCAUUUGAGAAACCAACAAAUCAAGUAAAGAGGGUGCAUUCCGAGAACAAUGCUUGCAUUAACUUUAAGACCUCCUCCACUGGCAAAGAGUCUCCCAAAGUGCGGCGCCACUCCAGCCCCAGCUCGCCGACGAGUCCCAAAUUUGGAAAAGCCGACUCAUACGAAAAACUGGAGAAACUGGGGGAAGGCUCUUAUGCUACGGUGUACAAGGGGAAAAGCAAGGUAAAUGGAAAGUUGGUAGCCCUGAAGGUGAUCAGGCUGCAAGAAGAAGAAGGUACACCUUUUACAGCUAUCAGGGAAGCUUCUCUGUUAAAAGGACUAAAACAUGCUAACAUAGUGCUGCUUCAUGACAUCAUCCACACCAAGGAGACACUGACACUUGUAUUUGAAUAUGUGCACACUGAUCUCUGUCAGUACAUGGACAAACACCCAGGGGGGCUGCAUCCAGAUAAUGUGAAGUUGUUUUUAUUUCAGUUGCUGCGAGGGCUGUCUUACAUCCACCAGCGUUAUAUUUUGCACAGAGACCUGAAACCACAGAACCUUCUGAUCAGUGACACGGGGGAGUUAAAGCUGGCAGAUUUCGGUCUUGCAAGAGCAAAAUCCGUCCCUAGCCACACAUACUCCAACGAAGUGGUUACCUUGUGGUACAGACCUCCAGAUGUUCUCCUGGGUUCAACAGAAUAUUCCACCUGCCUUGACAUGUGGGGAGUUGGCUGCAUCUUUGUUGAAAUGAUCCAAGGAGUUGCUGCUUUUCCAGGAAUGAAAGACAUCCAGGAUCAACUUGAAAGAAUAUUUCUGGUUCUUGGAACACCAAAUGAGGACACGUGGCCUGGAGUUCAUUCUUUACCACAUUUUAAGCCAGAACGCUUUACCCUGUACAGCUCUAAAAACCUUAGACAAGCAUGGAAUAAGCUCAGCUAUGUGAAUUAUGCAGAGGAUCUGGCCUCCAAGCUCCUACAAUGUUCCCCAAAGAACAGACUAUCAGCACAGGCCGCCUUGAGCCAUGAGUAUUUUAGUGACCUGCCCCCACGGCUAUGGGAACUGACUGAUAUGUCUUCUAUUUUUACCGUUCCAAAUGUAAGAUUGCAGCCAGAAGCUGGAGAAAGCGUGCGGGCCUUUGGGAAAAACAAUAGUUAUGGCAAAGGUCUAUCAAACAGCAAGCACUGAUGAGCACAACAUUACGAAGAGAACGCAGGAUUACGUUGUCAUCAUUCUGGAAAGAAGAAAAAAAAAAACAUUAAUGAAGUGGCCAAUGAUAUGAAGGGAAUUGUGGGUCAGCUUCCUUUCAGUCCCUGUGGUAGAUUUCACUUACAAGAAAAUUGAAGCUGGCAAGACCGUUUUCUCUGCAAUUUAUUUAAAACCGUGCACGCAUUUGGAUACCUUGUGAUUUCCAAGAACUAUGUGAAGAUUAAGCUCUGCAAACUGUUACAUGGCAUGCAUUCUUUUCAGUCUUUUGUGUUUGAUUUUGUUUGAUUUCCCUCUGCAGCACAGCAUCUCUGUAAAGGUUUUUAUGCUUUCACCAGCCAUGUCUUAAAUACAUUAAGACAACACAUUUGGUGUCCACACUUCUUCAGUAAUGUCUGCACUUGAAAGCCACAUGGUGGCAUAAAACAAUGUGUGUUUUCUUUGAGAACAGUGCACAUUUUGCAACCACUAGGAAGGAACUUUUUAGCUAAAGCAAAUCCAUGUUCUCAGACUGGCUUGACAACUUGGUCCCUGGCUGUGGGGCCUCACUUGUUGCUUACCUUUGGACGACAUUUGCAAAUGUGGUUUUCUUCUUGGAAAUUACUGCACGUGUACAUAGGAUAUCAAAAUCUGCCUAGUAUCUUCAAGCCACGUAGCAUGACUGUUUUCCAAGUAGGCUGGAAGUAAAGAAACAAACAUCAAGCAUUAAGAACAAAGACAGGGAUGAAUUGCAUACAUUUCAACCUCAGGAAAUUGAGGUAACUUUUUCAUAUUUUCCGGAUCUUGUCAAUGUAUUUUUUCCAUCCACUCUGUUACACUUUGUAUUUUCUAAAUGGAGAAAAGAAAAGAAUCGAAUGUUUAAAACUUGAGUGCAAAAGAAUUGUAUCUGCUGGAUGAGCCCUGAAAACUGUCUUUGCUAGUUAAUGUUUAAAAAGCAAAUUACAAAGUUAGCCAGAGUUAAGAAGUUGCUCAUUUACACCAAAGCACAUUUACGUUAUAUAUAUUUUUUAAUUCUAAGCUGACCAGAGCACAUCUUUGGGGACCUUAAUUUUAAAGUUUCCCAGAAAAUGUUCUAACACAAAUAUUAGAAACAACACAGGGAAGAGUCUUGCUUUAAAGAUGGAAAAGGAGGAAAAGAAAGGCCUCACUCUUCAUGUUUAAGAAGAUGAGGGACCACGGAGGAUGAAGGUGAGUAUGUGACACAGGUUGGGCAUGAACUGUGCUCUGACCUGGAGGGAGAGCUGCCUGCUGCAGGCCUCCUGGGGGCAGGGGGCAGGUCUCCCUGCUGAAUCCCAAGUAAUACUGAGGCCAAGGGUAUGAUUAGGAAACUUCACCUACAGCCUGAAACUUGACUCCUCAGAACACAAAUUCCUAUGAAAUACCUUCCUGUACACUGUGUUACAUUUUCCUAUUAGAAAGGAGAGUCUAAGAGCUUGAAAUGUGUCAUACUUUUUAGGAUCAAGUGUAGGAAUUAAUUAUGAGCUGGUUUGGCAGAGACUCUGAGAAUCAGGUAAGGGAAAAGCUUUUCUGUAGUCAAACCCAGCAUACCUAGAAAAUUGGACACAGGAUUUCUAAGCAUCAACAUGAUACCUUCCCUGGAGAGGAGUAUGAAUAUAUAUAUCUCUCUCAAGGUCACAAUCCAUCCUAUUCAGAAGCAGAAUUCAUUUAAGUUUCUAAGUGCAAAACAAGGAAUUAUUUACCGACUGAUUUUAAGAAGAGCAAAAGUUCCCCAAGGCUAGAGUGUUUACUAUUUGCUACCUAGAAAUCUUUCCCAUUCUUCUUUCAUGCAUUCCAAUGCCCUAGAAAUCAUUAGAAGCAUUUUAAUUUAACAUGUACUUAAAUUAGGAUUUCUUAAAUAUGGAGAGAAAACCUUACAUGCAGUCAAAAGGACUUUGCCUGUGAAUUGUUUUGAAUUAUUCAUUUGGGGGAGAGAUAUAACUUUGUAUUUUACUAAGUUUAAACCAAGAGCAACUGAUUAUUAAAUCUUGCUAUUUAAUAAGAUUGCUAACGUAAGAAUUUGAAAAUAUUUAAUGUUGAAAGAUUUCAAUUAGGAAUGUUUGAGUCGUUCAGGGAUAUAUGCCCCUGUCAUAAGCGGCUUCUCUUAGGAAAUGAAACAUUAUACUAUUCAGUGGGGGGUGGGGGGGAUCGGUUUUAUUACAGAGACAUAUGUCUCAGAAGGUCUCAUGCAGGAGGUUUUCAGUUCCUCAUCCUUGCCAUCAGUGCAGGAAAUGCAAACUUUGGUUUGUCUCUCUCCUUUCCUCUCCCAUUUACAGUCACAUUCAUUCUUCUUCCCCCUCUUUCUCUUGCUGAGGGCAGCCAUGAAAAUCAUUACACAUUGUGUUCAUUAGCAGAUUUAUUAUUCUAUUGAGAAAGCACUGGAAUGUUUUGUGAGAUUAUUUUUAUAUGAAGGAGUAGGUUGAAUUUAAACAGCUGGAAGAGUAAGACUACGUAAGCCUAGUGAUUGGGUCAGUGGGACAUCACUGCACACACAGUAUUCUGAAAGGAAUUUAGGGCUUCAUUUCCAUUUUCUGAAAGGAACAGUUUGGUUGACUUAACACAAGAUAUAUAGGGCACGAAAAAACUGUUUGCAGCACUCAGAAAAAAAACGGGGGGCAAAAGGCAGGGUGGCUGUCCAUCCACUAAUACAAGGGUGAGAAGCUAUUUCUACCUCCCAAGAGUGGUGAGAAAAGUGUGCAGGGGAGCCUCCAGACUUUCAGAGAAAGCAAGGCCUCUUGGCAUCCUCUCAGCAUUUUCAUGGUAGCCAGUGCAAUAAGUACCCAGUUAGGCUUCUAUAUAAGACAGUCAUCUGUGAAUAUUACUGGUUUUAUAAUCUUUGUUAUACAAGAAGAUGUUUAGGCUGUACGUACUGGGGUGGAUCAUUGCCUGCCCCCUAUAUGUAGGAAUAUGCUGCUUAAUUGCGCCUAACUUCCAUCUCCCUUACUGGCUUGUAGGCAGAAGAAAUCAUGUAUGUUACUGCCUUGCAAUUUUCUCACAUACCCAAGAAAAGGUCUCAAAUAAAAAAGCAAUCUCCUCUCGUUCCUCUUCCCACAGCAGUGCAUUUUAGAGGCACAUAGAGAAUCUACAUUCUCUAGUUGGGAUUAUUUUUGUUUUUUUUUUUAUUUUUCUUUUAUCUUUUUUGUAUGAUAUACAUUGAGAUGUGUACUUUCUAGCAGGAGGUUGGUACCUAAGAAAUAUGCUAGCAUCCUUCAGAAACUAUUAUGCUUCAAAAUGACACAUUGUAAGGAGAAUGGAACAAUACAUGUUGCAUAUUUGUUACCAGUUGUAACUUGUCUGUAUUAUGAAAGAUGUAACAGUUUGUCAGCUGUCACUAUUGUUUUCUUGUAACAUGAUAUGGAAUAAAGUAUAGCAGAAUCUCUG